UUGAAAGGUGCAACACGCGCGCGCGCGCAUGCAUGCUUGGAGAUGAGUAAGUGCUGUUACACACUGCACAUCUGCUUCUCUGUCGCAAUCUGAUCAACGCGAGUGUGUGUGUGUGUUUUCUCUUCUGCUCUGCAACACUCCGCCCUUCACACUGCUGUAAAGGAAGUCACACUGCCACGCGCAUAUAAAAAGGAAGGAGUGUGUGUUUGUGUGUGAGAUAGAGAUAGAGAGAUAGAGAGAGUGAGAGAGUGUGUGGGAGUGUACGAGUGUACGAGUGUGUUUGCGUGUGUGUGUUGGAGAGAAGUAAAAAUGGCUGAGAAUAAAACCAACAUCAGCGGAAACAUCGGAGCUGGAGCCGGAUUCCUGGCUAAGAAGUUCCAGAAGUCCAUGAACAGAGCCCAGGAGAAGGUCCUUCAGAAACUCGGGAAAACCAUGGAGACCAAAGACGAGCAGUUUGAGCAGUGUGCGGCAAAUCUGAACAAACAACAGACGGAUGGUUCCAAGUUGUACAAGGAUGUGAAGGCGUACUACAACGCGGUCAAAGCGAUGCACGAAACGUCGAAGCGACUCUCUCAGACGCUGAAGGAAGUGUACGAGCCAGACUGGGAUGGUGUAGAGGAUCUGUCCAUCAUCAUGCAGAGUGAGGAUCUGCUGUGGAACGAUUAUGAGGAGAAGCUGAGUGAUCAGGUGGUUCGUACGAUGGAGAACUACACCGGCCAGUUCCCCGAGGUCAAAGAGCGAGUUGCUAAGCGUGGGCGUAAGCUUGUGGACUAUGAUUCGGCUCGUCAUCAUCUCGAGUCUCUGCAGAGCGCCAAGAAGAGAGACGAAGCCAAAAUAUCUAAAGCGGAGGAGGAGUUCACUCGAGCUCAGAGUGUGUUUGAGGUCAUGAACACAGAGCUGAGGGACGAGCUGCCUGUUCUCUAUCAAAGUCGUAUCAGCUGCUACGUCACCGUGUUUCAGAACAUCUCCAACCUGAGGGACGUCUUCUACAAAGAGAUGAGUAAGUUAAACCAUGAGAUCUACAAUGUCAUGAAGAAGCUGGAGACGCAGCACUCCACCACAACCUUCAUCAUCAAAGGCCUCAACAGCACUUCCUCUAAGAAGAAGAAGUCUCUGACCAUCUCCGCUCCCAUCCCGUGCAACACGGCGUUUCCUCCUGAUCACCCCGCUUUGAGCAAACUCAGCGUUCCUGACGCACUCGCCCACAGAGACGCAGACACGCCCUCCGGGAACACGCAGACGGAGAUCUCUGACUCGGACGACUCCAACUCAGCCGAGAGCAUCCCGAGCACUCCGAGCCGCCAGUCCGUGUGCUCCGAGAGCGAGAGCGGUAAACACCACGUCUCCAACGGGAACACGAUGGAGCGGCCGGGCGGCGAAGACGCGGAUGAGGAAGACGUUUCAGAGGAAGCGCAUGUGUCUGAAACUCCAGCUGAGGAGGAGGAAGAUGAAGCAGAAUCCCUCAACACGACCGAGCGUGAGGAAGAGGAGGAGGAAGAGACGGGACAGGGAGAGGAAGAAGUCGGAGGAGAGACGAAGCAGAGUGAAGAGAUGGAGAAAGGACGCGAGCCGGAGGUGACGAAUCCGCAACCGGACAGUUCCCAACCUCCGGGAUUCCUCUACAAGGCCACUGCUCUGGAGACACAGGACUCAGACGAAGGCAUUCUUCUGCUCUUCAGUAAAGGAGACGUGCUCCUCGUGUUCACCGAUGACGAAGAAGAAAAGCCGGACAACACGGUGUGGGCGAUCAGAGAAGAGGACUGGAUCAAGCAUAAAGACCUGACGCUUCUCUCAGGCAUCGUGACGGAGACGCUGAUUCAGCGAAUUGACUCCUGAGUCAGAUUCCUUGCUUGAUUUGAUUUCUGACUCAGCAUCCGCGACAGAAAGCCCGCGACUCGGAUAACAGAGCACGUGCUUUCAGUUCCGCAAUCAGAGAACCCAAGUUCCUUCCUCUGCCAUCCUCUUCACUCUCACAUACACAACUCCAACAAACUGCAGUGUUUCACACCGUGUGUGUGUGUGUGUGUGUGUGUGUAGAGUUACUCUAAAAUGUGUUCAGUGCAUUUUUGUGUCCUUUUUCAGUAUUUUCAGAGCAUUGUUACAGCUGAUGAGAUGUUUCAGUGUUAAAGUGCAAUCAUAUUUCUAUAAAAUCUUGCUUUUUUCAUUUUUAUUGCUUUUUCUAAACUCAUCUCUCACUCUAACAAUCUUCAGAAAAGUUACAAAAAAAAGUUAUAUUAUUACAGAGAAUAACUGUGAAACGUCCCAAACAUUUUAAACAUUUAUUUUUAACAAUACAUAUAUUUACUUCAAUAAAGAAUUCAUGUCUAUGAGGAGGUGCUGG